CAGAAUAUAAAUUCACAAGAGAUAAGGUAAAAAAUCUUCGAUUCAAAAGUGAAAAACUUUUGGAUGAGAAAAUUGAUGGUUUUUUCCAGAAUCCCGAGGCCAAAUCUCGCAUCAAUUCUCCAAAUCUCAGAGAAAGAGAACAACUGUUGUUGAUUCUUAAAUCGAAUUACUUAGAAGGAGAGCGAGAGAAAGACCCGGAUAGCUAUAUAGGGUUUAGAGAGAGAAAGGUGAAGUGGGGUUGCGUCAAGUUGGGGUUUUUGUUCCUCUUUGUUGUUGUUAUUGGUGGGUGAGAGAGAGAGAGAGAAAGAUGACGGAUGUGAUAUUGCAUAUAUACGAUGUGACGAAUAGUGGAUCCGAUAGGACCAACAGCACCAUUGUUCAGAUCAACAAGAUCUUCAAGGAUGGGAUUGGUCUCGGUGGUAUCUUCCAUAGCGCCGUUCAGGUCUAUGGAGAUGAUGAAUGGUCAUUUGGAUUCUGUGAGCAAGGUAGUGGAGUUUUUAGUUGCCCUUCUGGAAAGAAUCCAAUGUAUACAUAUCGUGAAUCCAUUGUUCUUGGGAAAACAAACUUGUCCAUUUUCAAGGUAAAUCAAAUAUUAAGAGAACUCAGUAGAGAGUGGCCUGGAGAUUCGUAUGAUCUAUUGGCAAAAAAUUGCAACCACUUCUGUGAUGAAUUCUGUGAAAGGCUUGGCGUACAAAAACUUCCAGGUUGGGUUAAUAGGUUUGCCAAUGCUGGUGAUACAGCAAUGGAAGUGGCCGGAAAUACAGCAGUACGGUUCCGGCAAGCAAAAACAGAGAUUGUAUCUGCUAGCAAAGUAGCAUACCGGUUCCUCUUAGGUGUUACUAAUAAUGUAAAAACUGGUGUGGAGUCCCCUAACAAUUCAAACAAUGGAGGAUCCCCUAGAUUUCAAGCUGCUUGGUUGAAAAACAUUAUCAAUGGUGCGAAACCAUCUACUAGUUCUGAUGCUGAGAAUCAGAAUGGGGUUGUACCUCAACAAUCAACACGAGAAGAUGACAAGGCACUGCUACAGAAUUCAUCUUCUUAUAAUAGUUGAGGGAGUCUUUGUCAAAGCAUAAGUCCUGCUGUGUAUUGUAUUGUGUAAGUCAAUAUUGUUACGAAAUUUUACAUGCUUAUUCAUUUGUGUAUGAAAUGUAAUAGUUUAAUUUAUUGUUCAACUCAAAUUUUAUUGGUGCCUAGUAAGACAAUGUUCAUUGAAAGGUAAUU